AAAGUAAAGUGUGAGCCGAGUUAUGAUUUUCCGCUGACAAGUGACACCCCUCCAUCCAGUGUGGCUGCCUUAAACGUGGAUCUAGUAAGAGUGGGAUCUAAAGACAUGCUGAACAUAAGCUGGGCUAUUAACAUUGAUGCUAGUAUCCAUAACCUAGCAGGUACAUGGUUGGAGGUUUCGAUGGAACCAUCCAGAAUAUGUGAAUACAGCCCUUCUUUUGCUUCAUUUGCUAAAGCCAACGCCAUCGAGGUUGAGCAGAUGUGGUUCAGUACUCUGAUAAAAGUCACACAUGGCAUUUACAUGAUAGAAGUUCAAAAUCUUCCAUUGCCUCCAGCUGAGAGUGACACGACUCCUACUGUCAUAGAAAUUGAUGUGAGCCCCAGAAGUGAAGUUGAGAACAUGACUGUCCCUGCUCCUUCAGUUGAGAGCAUGCCUGACCGUUUUUAUUCAGUUGAAGGCGUGCUUGACCCUGCUCCUUCAGUUGAGAGCAUGACUGACCCUGUUCCUUCAGAUAAAAUUUGUAUGCACUUUGCUGCCUCAACUUUAUGUUACGGAAAGCUGCCUGAAUCUUCAACGGCACCAGUCCCUGUUUUAGUGGUCUACCCUGCCGAGAAUGCAGCUUUCCAGAGGGCAGUGAUGGCUCUGGCAGAAAUCCUGCAGUUGCAUGGUGGCUGCACAGUAGCUAUCGACAUGUGGCAGCGGGAAAGAAUCGCAGAGCUGGGGCCGAUGCGAUGGCUUGCAGAGCAGGCAAAGGCUGCAAAGACUGUGAUUAUAAUGUCCCCACAGACAGAGAGGUCCUCACAGCUCAGGCGUCCUCUUCCCAGCCACAGCAUCCCCGAUGCGUCUGUUCCAGCUGCAACUCAUGAUCUCUAUCCUCUGGUUCUGAACAUGGUCGCAAGCCAUGCAAAGAACAGCAGCCAGUUGGCCAAGUUUUUGGUGGUGCACCUGAGUUUGCAGAAGGAUCGAAGCUCUCUGCCACUGGAAUUGAGGUCCUGCAAGACUUUUUGUCUGAUGAAGGAUUUAAAAAAACUUUGCAAGUCCCUUUAUGUUCACAAGCAGGAAGAGAAGAAGAUACUAAAUUUCAUGUUCAGACCUGUGUUUCCCCUCAAUGAGGAUGCAACAGUGAAGUUAAAUGAAGCUAUAGGACAGUUACAGGCAGAUGAGCCAGGUGUGCCCAAAGAGAUGCAGCCACUUAAAUAUGAAUCCAUACUUGUUUGAAGACAUGUAAGGAGAAUGUUGAGGAUGAUGGACCAAAAUGCGAAGGCAGAGUUUAUUAGUGAUUAGCUUCGUUUUUAUUAUCCUUACCUUUUAAAAAAGAAUUUGCAUUCCUCCUCCCUCUUUCCCUUUUACACUCUAGUUUUUUUUACACUCACAAAAGGUGUUUUUGUGUAUGUCAGUUGUCAGUGUAUGCUUUGAUUUGUGUUUUUAUAACUUCCUGCAAAUACGCAGAAACAGAAUAAAAAUGUUUUGUUAAACAACAAUUCCCAAG